AUGAAAGAUAAUAAGAGCAGCAAUAACAAUGAUGACAACCGAUCAAAGGAAUCCACGCUCACGCCACCACCUGUACCUCCACCCACACCACCACCAACCAAAAACCCAUCAUCACUUUUAUCGCCUUGGUGGUCAGCUGAACCUUUGCCAGAACGUAAAAAACCCAAUGACACUCGACGAUCGCUCAUUCGCUUCACACGCAUUGUCCAAGGCGGUGCUCAUUCGUCGUCGGAACCUCUCUUUACAGAACGUUGCUAUAUGCUCACCAAAACAAAACGACAACGAUCAUCAUCAGAUAGCAACCACAAUGUCAUCCCUUCUGGUGAAGAUGAUGAUUGUCGUAUGGUGUGCCUAUUAAAAGAUCACCGAAAACAGCAACAACGUAAAACAGCAAUGCCACAUCAUCAUCAUCAUCAUCAACAACAGGGCAAAUCAUCAAAUUCAUCAUCAUCAUGGAAUCCAUUCCAAGGGCUUUGGUUGGUGGUGGCAACGACUCGAGCGCGGUGUUUGGAGCAUAGUGCGGAAAAAACCAUUUCCCAAAAGAAGCAUGCUGAUUAUUACACAGUUGAUCUGGGUGAACGGUGGAAUCGCUCUGGCGAGGAUGCACAACGCAUUGCAACUAUAGCACUAACGCCAUUGCAGCACCUCACACAACGCUAUAUUCAAUCAUGGCAAGAUGGCACCCAAGCUGCCUUCCUAAGUCGCUUUUGGGACAGUGCCAAACGUGGUGAUGCCUUCCACCUUAUGCUUGACAAUGCCAGGAAGCUGCUACAUCAUGCUACUGCCAAAAAGGAUGAGGAUACCGCCAAAAAGGACUCCAAGUAG